UGAGGUCUUUGAGAAGAGUUGAAGAUGAGGGCUUGAAGAAAGGUCCUGGAGGCUAUCCUCCUUGGGUCUGUGAGAAGUGCCCUUUGUUGGUCAAGUAGGGAAGCAGAAGUGGGCACCCCAGUUGCAGUCAAGAUUUACCAGUCGGGACUAGGCAUUGAUCUCUGAACUCACUACUCCAGCCUGGUGUAUCUUUGGCUCCAUGGCCAGCUACUGGCUCCUGCAGACCGGAUGAAGCAGACUAGAGACACAAGUGGAGAAAACCUCCAACUGGCAGAUUCUUGGAGAGUGGCCUUCUGGCCACUGGCCCUGCCCAGCCUGCCUCAUGGAGAGGAUGAACUGGUUGAGCAGACUGGCCUCCCGGGGCCCUGGGCACCGUGUACCUCAGGGGGCCAGUAUGCAGACUCCUGUCGUGGCUGAUCCUGAGACCUGCCUCAUGGUCUUUAAGAAUCACUGGUCCCAGUCUUCUUUCCUGUUUCUUCAGGUGGUGCGUAUCCUGGAGCGGCAAGGCCCUCGGGCAGCUCCUGGGGGUGCGGAUGAUCUCAGUGCUGUGCGCAACCACACUUACCAGAUGUUGACACUGCUGGUAGAAGAUCGUGCCGUCCCCUCAGCCCCUACGGCCCCUGGGCCCUUGCUAGAGUUUGCUCUGCGUGAGGACCUGCUAACCCGUGUGUUGGCGUGGCAGCUUCAGUGGGAUGAGCUUGGGGAUGGGGUUGAGGAACGGCGAGCUGAACAACUGAAGCUGUUUGAGAUGCUAGUGAGUGAAGCUCGCCAGCCACUGUUGCGACAUGGUCCAGUUCGUGAGGCUCUGCUGACCUUGCUGGAUGCCUGUGGCCGUCCUGUGCCCAGUAGCCCAGCACUGGAUGAAGGCCUGGUGCUACUUCUCAGCCAGCUGUGUGUGUGUCUGGCCCGGGAGCCUUCAUUGCUCGAGUUCUUCCUACAGCCACCUCCUGAGCCUGGAGCUGCCCCCCGUCUUCUCCUCUUUUCUCGCCUCGUUCCUUUCGUCCAUCGAGAGGGCACACUGGGCCAACAGGCUCGUGAUGCCCUACUCCUGCUGAUGGCUCUGUCGGCUGGGAGUCCCACUGUGGGCCGCUACAUUGCAGAUCACUCUUAUUUUUGCCCGGUGCUGGCCACAGGGCUGAGUGCCCUGUACUCCUCACUGCCCCGAAAGAUUGAGGUUCCGGGGGAUGAUUGGCACUGCCUGCGACGGGAAGACUGGCUGGGCGUGCCAGCCCUUGCGCUGUUCAUGAGUUCCCUAGAAUUCUGCAAUGCAGUCAUUCAGGUGGCUCACCCUUUGGUGCAGAAGCAGUUAGUUGAUUAUAUCCAUAAUGGGUUUCUGGUGCCUGUCAUGGGCCCUGCCUUGCACAAGACCUCUGUGGAGGAGAUGAUUGCCAGUACCGCGUAUCUGGAACUUUUCCUGCGGAGUAUCUCAGAGCCUGCUUUGCUCCGUACCUUCCUGCGGUUCCUGCUGUUACACCGGCAUGACACCCACACCAUCCUUGACACCCUCGUUGCCCGUAUUGGCAGCAACUCCCGGCUCUGCAUGGUCUCUCUGAGUCUCUUCAGGACCCUACUGAACCUCAGUUGUGAGGAUGUCCUGCUGCAGCUGGUUCUCAGGUAUCUUGUCCCAUGUAACCAUGUGAUGCUGAGCCAGAAGCCAGCUGUACGUGAUGUGGACCUAUAUGGACGAGCGGCAGACAAGUUUCUCUCCCUAAUCCCCCGCUGUUGUCGGCAUCAUGCCCCUAGCCCACCCCGUCCAGAGCAUGCCUCAUGGGCACGAGGUGGGCCUAGCAGAGAGGCAGGGAGAAGGGAGGACACCACGGGCCCUGGAAGCCCGAGUGUUGACUCCUCUUCUGUGGUGACAGUGCCCCGGCCCUCCACACCAUCUCGUCUGGCCCUGUUCCUGCGACAGCAGAGUCUGGGUGGCUCGGAAUCCCCAGUUCCAGCCCCUCGCUCACCAGGGCUUGCUGCAUCCCCAGCCUCCAGCCCUGGCCGAAGGCCCAGCCCUGUGGAGGAGCCUGGUGAGCUGGAAGACAAUUACCUGGAGUAUCUGCGUGAGGCACGCCGUGGUGUGGACCGGUGUGUCCGAGCCUGCCGUACCUGGUCUGCCCCAUAUGAUGGCGAGCGGCCCCCUCCUGAGCCUAGUCCUGUUGGCUCCCGGACUAAGAAACGCAGCCUACUGCCUGAGGAGGACAGGGACACUGUGGGGGAAGGGGAGGAAGAAGAGUUGGGGAGUGGGGGGCUUGCUGGGGGUUCAGGGGAGGGCCCUGGCCUCCUGCCCGCUCCCCAGCUCAAUGGGGUGCCAGGACCAUGGCCUGAGGGGGCCAAGAAGGUUCGUCGGGUACCUGAGGAGGGAGCUGGGGAACUGCCAGAGAGCACCUCCGAGGGCAUGGUAGGACUAGAGGGCUUUGGGCAGGAGCUCCGGGAACUGGAAGUGGCAUUGAGCAAUGGGGGGGCUGGCUCAGAACCCCUGCUAGAGCCUCCACUACCUCUUGAGGAGGAGGAGGCCUAUGAGAGCUUCACCUGUCCCCCUGAGCCCCCUGGCCCCUUCCUCAGCAGCCCUUUGCGGACUCUCAACCAGCUGCCAAGCCAGCCCUUCACUGGCCCCUUCAUGGCUGUGCUCUUUGCCAAACUCGAGAACAUGCUGCAGAACUCCGUCUAUGUCAACUUCCUGCUGACGGGGCUGGUGGCCCAGCUGGCCUGUCACCCCCAGCCCCUGCUCCGCUCUUUCCUGCUCAACACCAACAUGGUCUUCCAGCCCAGUGUCAAGUCCCUGCUGCAGGUGCUGGGUUCUGUGAAGAAUAAAAUUGAGAGCUUUGCGGCCUCCCAGGAGGACUUCCCAGCACUGCUAUCCAAAGCCAAGAAGUACCUCAUUGCCCGUGGCAAGUUGGACUGGGCUGAAGGCCCUGCAGCAGGACCUGCCCCCCGCCGCUCUGAUCCCUUAGUGAAGAGCCGGAGGCCGUCCUUGGGGGAGUUGCUCCUGCGGCAUGCACACAGUCCAACCAGGGCCCGGCAGGCGGCACAGUUGGUUCUUCAGCCUGGGAGAGACGGCGCAGGACUUGGCCUAGGUGGGGGCUCCCCUGGGGCUUCAACUCCGGUUUUGCCCCCUCGGGGUGGGGCCCCUGAGCGCCAAGGUGAGGCUCUGCGAGUCAAGAAUGCGGUCUACUGUGCAGUCAUUUUCCCUGAGUUUCUCAAGGAAUUGGCUGCCAUCUCCCAAGCCCAUGCUGUCACCUCGCCUUUCUUGUUGGAUACUUCAGAGGAGGGAUCUGGCCCUCCUGUCUCAGGCUUCGGGCCCCUCAAUCCUUAACUUUCUUCCAUGGACAAUCAGGGCCUCACAUGGCCUGGGCUGGGGCCGGGUUAUAGGCUCCUUUUUAUGUUUGGAGGCAGUGGCAAGAGGACUUUUUAAUUUAUUUCCAAUGAAUGUUUUAUGGAGAACUUGUUGCAAUAUGUAUAAAAGGGAAAUCUCUAUUCUGUGCUCAUUCUUCUUUCCCACCCUUUUUUCUGGGCUGUGGCCCCAGGAAGGUUGUACAUAAAUGGGGAGGUCAGGGGUACUUUGUCUCUUGUGAGGACAUUGGUGCCAAGGUUUCAGGGUGCUUCUUAUGCUGCCCUUAAUGGGUGAGGGGGUCAUGGAGCCUAGGGGAAAAAGUAGGGACUCUCCUCCGACCCCCGAAGGAAGAAGCAGCAUGGGCCCAGGAUGGUUUUGGGCAGCAGCAGCUGAUGUUUAUUGGGGGCCAGUAUCCCUAUGCCAGAUCUUGGGGGCCUUGCCCCCUGUGUUUCUCGCUUCAGCUUCAUUCGUCGCUGUCGAACUCUGAGGACAGACCCUGCAGCAGGGGCAGGGACAUGGAGUGCCGGUCGGGGUCCCCGGGGCCCCCACCCUGGACUCCUGGUGGGGGGCUGCGGGGGCUGAAGAGCCAGUUCUCUGCCAGGGUUGGGGAUAGUCACAGCUUGACUCAUGCCCUGGUUUUUCUGCCUCCCUGGUCCCUCCCUGGCCCUCUAUGCUGUGCCCACCCCCUCACCAGGACCAUGCUUCCACCUCAUUGCCCCUGGCUCCCUCACUCCAUCCCCUGUCACUGGGAUCCAGUGUGGAGUUCGGGGUUCCCCACACAUUGCUGGGCACACACUCCUAUAUUCCCCAUGCCCUCCCCCCUUUACCCAAUCCCAUCCUUUUCAGCUUCAUAACACCUUGCAGUACCUGACAACAUCUGGGGCCCCCUGCGGAAGGGGUUUCGGCCCUUGUAGGAGAAUCUGGUGGGUCUGCCCUCCGGCCCUUCCUGAGGAGGUGGUGUAGGUGGGCCUGGGACAGGUGGGGGCACAUCAGCAGCUUCAGGGGUAUUGGCAGCGACUGAUGUGAGGGCCAGAGGUGGCAUGAUGCCGAGGUUGGGUCUGACCCAGUUGGCACCAUGGGGCAGUGGAUCUUUGGUCAGAGGCUUCUGUGGUCCCAGCACUCCUUUGGGCUGCAGUGAAAACUUGAGGCAGGAGAAGGCAACAGGCAGUGACCGUUGUAACCGGAGCAGCUGGGGCUCACGGGCUGUAGGUAACAGCCCCAGCUGCAGCCAGGAACAGGAGAAGACCUGGUAGAUGACAUAGAUGCUGUGGGUGCUUCGGAGCCAGGGAAGAUUUUGCUGUAGGCUCACCUGCCCUGGUGGCAGCAGCAGGAAGGCCACCUUCUUGCGCAGUCCACCCAUGUGCAGGCGGAUCCGGCAGGGGUGCCCUUCCAAAAGUCGCAUUUCUUCAUAGGCUAUCUCUGCUCGGCCAUUUGGUGAGUAUUCCCGAGUGCAGUGGGCAAAGGCACCCUCGGACCCUGCCUGCUCCAGGAGGUUUGGUAGUGGCCCCACUGGUUGUAGUGCCCGCCUACCCUGCCGACCCGGUAAAGCCAGGCGGGUGUGGGCUGGGCGGGACUGCUUCACUAGCACACCCAGUAGGUCAUAGCAGGCUGCAUCCGACAGGAAAGGUACUGCCACUACAUUGGGCCCAAAGCGCUCCUCGAUGACCUGCAGAUGGCCAGUUUACAGGUCAGUGACUGAGUUAGGGUCAGGAGUUACCUGGUAGCCUACUCUAGAUUGACCCUCCCAUUGUUCACUGUGCAAUUACAUCUCCACGACGUGCUUCCUCCUUAUUUCUUAGUUCUGUCUAGUUCUGUCUACUAUUUGCCAGACCCUGCUGGGUACUGGGAAUACAUAAAAGCAUAAAACUUCGACCUCAUCUUAUCAUAGCUGAGUCUAAUGGAGGAGACGAAGAUGUAGACGGUAAUCAGCUAAGUAAAAUAAUAAAGAGCCAGGUGUGGAAGAGACCAGAAGUGACUUAAUAGCUUUUGUCUUUGAUAGAAAGGGAUCAGAGGAUUUCUAGUUUCUAGGUGGUAAUACUUGAAUUUUGAAGGAAUUAGCUAGGUAGGAGGAUGGUCAAUCCAGGGAAAGGAUACAGCCAUUUAAAAAACUGGAACUUAGAAACUAAGAAGGGCACAUUCAGGAACACAGUAUUUCACACUACUUAAACAUAAGGUCUGAAGAGGGACAGACACACAGGAACUAGACUAUGAAAUAUCUUGAGUGUGCUAAGUAACAGAAAUUUGAUCCUGAGGGCAAUGGAAAGCCAUUUGAAGGGCUCUGGGUGAGAGGGACAGGAUCAGAGAGGUGCUUUAGAAAGUUAAUUUUGAACAGCAAGACAAAAUAAGGAGAGAGAAAUAUCAGUUAAGAGUAUUGUAUUACUGCAGGCAAAACAUGGUGAGGCUUUCUAAACUAAAUAAAUGGAACUAAAAUAAUGGGGGAAGAUCUUUAGGUUAUAGAAUUAGUAGAACUUAGUUAAGGAGUGUGGGAAAAGGAGUCGUGUGGGAUUAGUCUUAGAUGAUUGGUUAGGUAGUUGAUGUCAUUCACUACAAUGGGCACACAGAGAUAGGUUUGGAAUGACUAUUCUUCAACAUCUUCUGCCCUGGCUACAGGGAGUACUUCUUUUAGGGAUUUGAGGCCUCAUCUUUGUAAUGCAGGCCCCAAUAUGCUUUUAGGGAUUCUAAUUCCUCUUGGUUUUGUUCUUCUUGUCUUGCCUUUUUUGGUUUGGCAAUCCAGUUCUGGGAAGUUUAACUUCAUGACUACCUGGGAAACCUUGUAAAAUCCUCUCUAAUAACUGUAUGUAGGAAUGAUCUCGACUCAUCAAAGAUAUUGCUGGCUGAGACUUCUGGCUCUGUGUUCUGCUAGGGAGUAUGUAAAAUUCCCUUUUUGGGUCCCUUUCCUGUUUGUUCUACUUCUCUUCCUCAGCCCUCAAUUCCCACACAUCUGUCUCCCUGUUGCUGGCAUUGCCCAGCUUGCUGGCCUGGUUGAAUUCAUCAGUGAUCCCUUAAGCCCAGUCUGGUUUUUUUGCUACAUAGAGCUGUUUUAGAAGUGUGACUGCAGAGCAUAAGAGGGGGGUCGUUAACUGAUGGAGUUGUGUCUGCACUUAAAACAAGCUGAAGUAGCUUGAAGACUACUGUCUCUUGUCACCUAGCCAAGGAAGUAAAUGGCGCUCUUUCUUAAUGUGCAUGGAAGAAUUUCCCAUCUUCCUCUCCUGUGCUUCAUUGAGACAUGGAAUACUUUCCCUCUGGUGGGGGAAUCAUGCUGAAGAACAGGGCUCUAAGAAGGUCCCUUUGGAUUUCCCAGGGGUGACAGCAGAGCACUGGUGGGUUGACAUUUUGUAUAGAAUGCUCUGUCCCCUGAUGAAAAAAGCAUAGUAACCAAGUAUAACUUCAGAAUCCUACCCUCGUUGCUCCUUUGUUCCCUAGGUUCCUAUACAAAUAAGGCAAAUAGGAGUGUCCCCAGGAGGUAACUCUCUAAUGGGAUUUUGACAAAUACCUGGUUCUUAUGGUCCACGUGUCUGCUAAGAGGUGACUCACUAAUGUACCUGGAGACUUUUUCCCAGAAUAUAGACAUGAAUUUGCCUUGGGGUGGGUGGGUUAUCAGGCCCUCUUUCUUAUCCUUCAGGCCCCCAGUAGUUAGGGAACAUAAAAUUUCCAUGCUAGGGUGACUAUUCUUGGUAGAGUCACCAUUUGAGACCACUACCUGUUGUUUCCAUUGCAGCUUUGUUUCGGGGUAAAAGUUCUGUGGAAUAUAGACCACUGCAAAUUUAGAUCUCCCAGGGGCAGCUUGGGAAAGUGAGGGUGGAAGACUCUUCCUGGAUUUACCUUGGCUGGUUUGAGCUGAAUGAGGAGCUUUUGAGCCAUGUUUUGGUUAUCUCUGUGUAUUACAAAGUACUCAAUAAACUCUCAGCAGUUCUGGAGAGAGGAAACCAGGUCACUCAGAGGUGUCCUGCUCCUUGAAUUUUCCACGUACCACCGGUGAUUUAUCCUGAAUCAUUACCUUGCCUUUCCUGACAAUUUUCCAUUUGAAUAGGGAAAUUUUCUGAUGCUGAGAGAUAGUGUAGCUUUACUCUAGUUGAUGAUCAUAUUUACUUUCAUUCUAAUAAACUGCCUGAUCUUGUCCAGACCAACCUUUUACAUUGCUGAAGCUAUAUAGUUCAGAAGGCCUCGACUCUCCUAUUUCUACUUCCCUGGAGGCUGACCUUUGUGGUGAGCUCCUGCUCCAUUUCAGAUGGGAACCCCAUGCUAUUAAGGCUGCUUUGAGUCUGGCAGGCACUACUUUAAGAUGGUUGUUUUAAAAUUGGUGGGCUGCCUUCUAUGGGUGCUUGAAAUUCACUGUCCUUCAGAUCACCUAACUGGAACCUGAUCCCCAAAUUCUCCAAAUUCAGCAAUUGUAGCCAUCUGGAUUUGAUGAGAUUUGUUGAGUACCUGCAGCUAGAUACAGCUGAUCUCUGCCUGCUCCUGAAAAUCUACAUAUUUUGCUCAAAAUCCAAAUUUCCCAUUCUGUAGAAGCUAAAGGUGUAGGAGGUAUCUGUGAAGAGAUUGAAGUUCCUUUAGAAAGUUUAAAGGGCCCUUCGUGAUCGGCCCUUGGACGUCUUUGACCUCAUUUUCACUACUACUCAUUUGAAUUCUGCUCUAAAGGACUAUUUGCAGUUUGCAAAUAGGCAUUUUUCUUUUUCCUCUUGGCUUUUGCAUAUGCUGUACCUUUAAUUAGGACACUGUUCACAUACCCACCCACCCACCUGCUCAUUAACUCAUUUAGGUAUUUAUUAAGCACCAUUUAUGAGUCAGGCAUUCCUUUUCCCUCUACAUGAGAAUAAUAUCUACUUGCCUAGCUAGAAUGUCACUUUCUCCAGGAGGCCUUCCUGAUCUCCUAAGUCCUGCCCUGACUUAGCACUUGUUACUGUUCUCAUCGAUUCCUAUUGCCUUUCAAGGAAUUGUCUUCCUACUCAUAAAUUGCUCAGACCCAUCUAGGUCACACUUUCUUACUUUCUUUUUAGCCCUCUUACUUUAUCCUUGAUGAGGGUCCAGGUGGCAUCAGCUUCAUCCAGUGUCAGCAGGUGGGGGGUACCAACCAACAUGGUGGGGUGUGAGAGGGGUUAGGCAGGGCAGUGGCUGCUGCAGGAACCCCAAGCUGCCCAGGGAGGUGAGGCCCCAGGCCUUAGGCUUUGACCUACUACAACAUGAGGUCAUAGAGGUCCUGUAGAUAAUGGGGACUUGGGUAGGGAGAGGACAGUCACUCUACUAGCCUCACUAUGCCCACAGCCCGAGUCCAGGCUCUUGAGUGACUUACCCAUUCUCUUCCUUAAGGGAGAAGAACGCAGGUGUGUUUGGUGGAUUUGUAUACGUGUGUGCUUGUGUGAGUGCAUGUGUGUGUAUGCUUAUAUUUCUUGCUCUGAGUUCUUUAAGGAAACAGAAUCAGGCUUCCCCCUUCAGCAGCCUCCUGAAGCAAUUUGCUGUGCUGUAUUAUCAGCUGCUGAUGACUUCUUUGUGAGGUUAGGUAAGGGUCCUGAAGGAUAUGGGAGAAGUAUAAAACAGGACUUAGACUGAGAAACAAACAGUAAUUCUCAACAUUGGCCAUACUUUGGAAUUACCUGGGAGCUUUUAAAACUAUAGAUACCUGGAUCCUACCUCCAGGGAUUCUGAUUUAAUUGGUCUGGAGUAUGCCUAGGCAUCAGGAUUUCUAAAAGCUCCUCAGGCAGUUCUGAUGUGCAGCCUAACUUGAAACACAUUAUUAAUGAGUGGGUUACAAUUGCAAUGAAAACCAGGUGUGUGUGUAGGAGGGUGCCAUAUGAGUGGUGGCAGUGUGGAGGAUAAGAAUCUAAUCGGGUAAUGUUGCCUUAGUAACUGGAGAGGACUUUUAGGAAGCCAGAAUUACCCAGGUAAAUUUGAGGAAUUUUUUUUUUCAUGUAUCACUCCCUGACCUAGGCUGAUCUGCGUGUAGCUGGCUCUCUCCUGCUGCAGCCCUAAACUAUGUGUGAUUUCCCUUUGUGUCUCUGUUCAGAGAUCUCAACCUGGUGUUUGCUGGAGAACAGUGGUUUAUCCUUGGGGAAGAGCCACUCUGUGGAGCCUUUCUAGUAGCUUCCAUUCUGCCUCUUAUCUGUCUAAAGAGUCUUCUCUUGAGUCCUCUGGAGAGUCGCCUGUGUUCCUAGGAAGACCCACUUCUGUAUGGGGAGCAUCCUUUCCUAUCCUGGCCCAGCAUGUAGGGCUGUCCCAUGAAGUUGGCCAUCGUCUGAUCUGGCUGAGGUGGUAUGAGUAUGAGGCACAAGGAAUGGUCCUACAUGAUGUAACUGGCCUCAGGGGAGGGUAAGUCUCUCUAGACUAAUGGUAUGGGUGCUGGGUGUUUAAGCAAAGAUUUGACAGUGGCUGUGGGAUUGCUCCAGGAAAGGAACUGAAAUCAGAUAUUUGUUGAAGUCCUAUGUGCUAGGGGCUGUGCCAAAUACUUUGAAUCCAUUAUCCUAGUUAAUCCUUUUAGUAACUUCUUGAAGUAGAUACUAUUAUUUCCUCAUUUUAUAAGUGAAUUAACACGCUCAGAGAGGUUAAGUAGAUUAGUGCAAGGGAUAUAGUGAGUUAAUGGCAGUCUGGGAUUCAAAUCCAAGUUGGCCUGAUUCCAGCUUUUUUAAACUAGAAUUUGAAUGGUAGUUCUUUUUGGUAAAGGAAGAAAUUACUGUAUCCCUUCUGUUCUCCUGAGUGUAUGGUGGGAGGGCGCCUGCUCGGUGGAUGUGCAAAGUCAUUUAGUGAAAAGGAAGCAGGUAGCAUAAGAGAGCUGCAAUAGCCAAACCAGAAACCCCAAGCUUCUUGUCAGGGCAGGCAAACCCAAAUUUCUUCCUCUAGUGCCCUCCUAGCCCUACACCAGGAGAGGUCAUCUGAUACAGUAUGGUUGGCACUUCUGUUCCCUCCAGAAAGGAAUCCUAAAUGAGGUAGACAGCAGAGAGACAGACACCAGGACAAGGGACACAGACAUGGGGCAAAACAGACAGUGCAAGGAGGCAGAAAUGCAGAGGUACAGAUAUGAAAGUUACUGAUAAACAUGGGCAGGGGAUGAUGUACAUCCAUAUGCUAAGGGGAUUCCAGAAUGAGAAGAGGGUGGAUGGGAUGGGGUGGGGACGGGGAUGAUGGGCUAUUUGUGAAAUGUGAAGAGGAUCUCUUUUUCAGAUUUUCAUAGAGGAGGCUAAGAGAGGCAAAUUGGGUAUAGAUGAACUUCUCAGGCGGAAGCCCAUAUCAUCAUCUCUUUUGGUGACGAUCAUGAUUCUUUAAGCUCCCUGCAUUCCACAUUGCCCUACCCUGACAUUAAGAGACUGUCUUUCCCUUUGGCUCAUAGAGUCUGAGGAUUGAAAGUUGCUGAAGGAAAACAGAUGACAACUGAGUUCUGGAUGGAGUUGAUGAGCCCAAGGGCUGGACUGUUUGGGCCAUAGCCUGCUCACUGGGUUAUCUCCAGUGUGGCACAUUCUGGGGUUUCCGUGGACAGAUCAUCUGCAACAUAUCUGAGUGGUGACUGGACUAAAGAACAUGAGAGGAAUAAAACAGGCAGGGGCUGUUAUUUAGGGAACAUGGGGUUCUCUGCAAGAACCUCCAGGGUACUACAGAAUAGUGUUGAUAGAACUUUUAGAGGGAUAAAGAGCCCUAACAAGUCUCUUUACUUCUCUUAGGCUACAGGGAUAACUGUACAAGGCCCUAAUCUCUUAUUUGAAACCUUUAGGGAUAGAUGUGUUUUGGAUGUCAGAAUUUUAGGAAGGGAAAUAGUGCCUUUAUCCUAUAUAAAGGAGUACCCCAGAGAGGUUUAGGGCAGUGCCCUAUAAUCGAACACAUCAAUAUUUCUGAACCUAAAUGUAUGAAUAUUCACACCAAGUGAGAUAAAUAAAUACUGUAAAUACCAUUGUGAUGUUUCAGGUUAGGUUUUGGACCAAAGUUAUAACAAAAAAUAUUGUUUCUUCAGAGAUUUUUUUAUUUUGGAACUGUGGAUAAGGGAUUAUAGGAUUACUCUCAGGUUGUUGUGAGGAGUAAGGGAGCGCUGGUAGUCUUCUAAACACAUCACAUGGUAGGUGUGUGAUCUCAAUCUAAAACAAAAUAACUAAUGUCCAAGAGGGUGGAAUUUGGCUUGAAGAAAGAAGGUUCUUGCAGUGGGCAAUGCACAACUUUGGAAUUCAGCUGCCUCGGGGAGCUGUGCACAACCAGGGAAUGAAGGUGCCUUAGACAAGAGGUUUCCUGUGGUGGGAAGGUGACAGAAUUCAUUGCUUAUGAACAUUGACUGCAUAGGAUUUCCCUUUUCAUGUACUAGAGGGGAAAGGCAAAAAAUGUGUGUGUGUGUAUGUGUGACACAGGACAUCACAUAUACAUUUCUUUAUAAUAAUGUUGUAAUAAAUAUCUUACUGCAUA